UACCCAUUGAAGCAGAAGGAUCAUGCUGCCUCAACAAUACGAGAUGGCUGGCUGCCGUUCGUCGAGCGACAAUCUGGGCACCCAUGCAAGAGCAUCAGAACCGACCGAGGUGGAGAGUUUCUAGGAGGAGAUCUGACUGCGUAGCUCAAGAAACAAGGCAUUGAGCAUCAGCUAACGACGUCCUAUACCCCUCAGUCAAAUGGCGUUGCUGAGAGGCCUAAUAGGACCAUCCUGGAAACUGCGCGAGCGCUGCUGAUCGAAUCAGGGCUGGAGAACUCCAUGUGGCCUCAUGCGGUGAGGCAUGCUGCAGUGGCAAGGAACCGCAUACUCACAAAGGUGGCUGAUGAUAUUCGGGAUGUCAAAUAUGUGGAGAACAUCAUGUAUGGCAAGUGGGAGAAGCAGCCGGAGGCAAGGGUCACCCAGCAGCUGGAAGAGAUCACUAAGCACUUCGAUUUGUCCGAACCUGAGGACAGCGAAGUCACUGCGCCACCAGCAAGCGGUACUGAUGAAGGAAGCAAUGAGGAUAUUGCAGCUGAUGCUGAAGUCAAGGAUCCGAAUGGCAACGAGAAAGCUGCUGAGCUCUACAAGUGGAGGAGCCACAACUGAGCAGCAAGAACAGGCUCAAGGCGAAGAUGCAGUGCUGUUCUUGGGUGAUGACCAAGAGUCAGAUGACGAGGAGCCUGCAUACUGCUUUUACGCACCAAUACAACCUCCGAGCAUGGAUCAUGCGCUAGCCGGGCCUCAACGGGGGAAGUGGCUC